CCGGCUAUACUCACCCGUCGCAUUUGCGUCUAAUUACGUGGAGCAGACGUUCUCGUCGGUUAUUUCCUGUUUGUGCCUGCGCCACAUGUUUCCGUGUGACAGCCGGCGUUGCGCGCCAUUUCGGCGGCCGCAGGUUUGGUGCGCCGCUGCUGCUCGCUCAGUCAGGGUGGCAUUUUGCGUCACCGCAGCUUCCUUGUCGUUUAGAUAGCCGCUGGAAUUCGCGUAAAUAUGGCGGUUGGCGAUAAGAGCAAAUUGCGGGCUCCGUCGACGAUAAGGUCGCUUACUUGCUGCCAGCAAUCGUCGGGGUAGCCGGCGAAACGAUUCACCCUGACGGCCUGCAUGCAUCCCGUGAGAUUCGCAUGACCAGCGAAACGCAGGGGCGCAAUCUUAUAACGGUUCCGAAUGCGAACCGUUCGCUUGCCCUCACGUGAUUGGUCAGAAUUGUGGUUGCGUCAGCGGCCGUCAGAGACAGCGGUGCGGUACCGCAAAUUCUCAACACGUCACGCAUCUGUCAGUCAUUUUCAAACCGAACCCGUCGUCGGCCAUGAGUGGAACCGGCGAAGAGGUAGUCCGCUUUGGGUUCAGUUGCUGUGGCUUGGCUGUUUGCUUGCGACCUUGGCCGCGUGCGCAGGCCGUGCCGCCUCGGAGACUGAGGUACGACCACAUACCUAAGGUACGACUACAUACCUAUGAAAACAUGGCGGUGCCCCUCAUUCUUUGCCUGGGGUUGUUCUCCCGGACCCGUCAACGACUGAAGGUGUAAACGCGUUUUCAGAGCUGACAGAUAAGUUUCGGCGUCAUUAUGGUCCGUCAAAGGGAACCGUCCGAUGGCCGUGAGACAUCAUGGAAUGAAGAACCAACUUUCAAAAUUUCCGCACAACUGAUGGUGAUGUGGCUAUUUCCUUUGAUUCGAGUGGUUACAAUUUUUUACGUGUGGAUUACCGCCUGGCGACGAACAGUUAAAGAAUUGGUAAUAUUAUAUUGCCUAGAGUACAAUAAAGGAAUAUGUCAAUGCGCGUCAAUCCGCAAUUCCUCGAUUAACUCGCCAUAUGAUGACGUACACUUCAGAGGCGGCACCCUCUCGUUUAUUGGUCGCGUCCUCCCCGGCUUCCACCUCCGGCUUGGGAGUAGCCUAUUUCGUGACGUAAGCGGCGAAGCGAACCGGUUCGCAUUCAGAACCGUUAUAAGAUUCCGCCCCUGGCCUCCUUGGAACAGUGGGCGACUUACGUUAUCUAGUCGCGGUCCCGCACUAGUCGCACAGCUGCCGAUGUCGCGUUCGUUUUUCGCGGACCGGCAGGUCAUCAAGGAGCUGUUCACGGACGGCGGUACGAAUGUGCGUACCGUCUUUGUGCGUACUUCCAGGUGGCUGAUAUUGUGUGCGCUUAGCUAUCACGAGAAGGCAGGCUCCCUUCAGUGGAGCCCUCAUAGCGCAGCGACCGAAGCGCGCACACUCACACACGCUCAUAUAGGGAGAAGGCCAGUGGGCCAGUUGUUUGAAUAUAUGAUGGCACAAUGGAGGCGUUGUGGUAAACGAAAACUUGUUUAUGCCAACAGUUUCGAGAGUGGAACUCUCUUCGGCCAUGACGAGAAGGAAGGAAUGAGAAUAACGAGAAGAAAGCGAACAAUUGGUAAGAGCAUCGCACGCAGGUGGGGUUCAUAUCCCACUUGCGGCCAGUUGCUUUUUCAUCCACUUUCAUUUCCCAUUUCUUUAAUUCAAUUUCCCCUAUGCUGUCCUCGGUGUCAUUGUUCGUUGGCUUAUGAUAUUGUCUCGUGGUUGUGGCCGUGACUGUGAUUGCAAAAUGCCGUCUGGCACGACCGCGUAGUCCAGUGCGCCAAUACGUCGGAUGAUCUUGUAGGGUCCGAAAUAGCGUCCCAAAAGUCCUCGUCGGCGUAUUGGGGUCCAAACACGGGCGCCAGGCUGGUACUCGACGUAGCGUCGUCGAAGCUUGUAGUGUCGACUGUCGGUGCUCUGCUGGUUCUUGAUGCGCAGGCGGGCGAUCUGUUGGGCUUCUUCGGCGCGCUGGAGAUGACGUGUGGCAGCAUGACGUCAACAGUCGUCGUAGGGUUCCUGCCGUUGUGGGGGUCUUCCCCAACCCGUAGCGCGUAUAAUCGCAGCUACUUAGGGUUCGGGCGAAUAAGGCAACAAGCGAAUCAACUCAACAACAUUUAUUGCUGUGGGCAAUAAAACACUCUUGCAGAGGGAAGUCCGCUCUGUAUAAUAAGUAAUAAAAUAGGCUUGCCUCAUCGCGUGUGGUAGUUGCGCAAACGAGGUCACUCACGGGUUGCAGCGGGUAAAUCCGUAUGGGCAGGUAGGUGUAGCGAGGUGAGAGAGGCCCGGGGGUCUCUCGGUCGCGCUCUUUUAUACCUUUUCGCGAGGGGAAUGUCCUCCUCGCCCGCCGGAUACUUUCCCUCUUCCCGCGCGGGCAUGCGCGUCGCGAGAGGCGAGCGAGAACCGGGAGAGGGCAAAGUGCAUCUCUCCCGUGUCCGCCCGGCUACCGCCGAGUGCGCUCCGUGCGCAAGCGACGGCGAGUGCCCGUGGUAGAAGGUGGCAGCGUGUGCUCCCCACACCGUAAACCAGCUUGAACGGCGUGAUCUGCGUUGUUUCUUGCACCGCUGUGCUGUAAGCGACGGUUACGUACGGCAUCCCGCGUCUUGUGCUCGUCACAUUGCAAGCAUGUGGGCGAGGGUCAUGGUCAGCCGCUCCGUAAGACCAAUCGUCUGCGGCUGUAUUGUACAAUGGCUUGGGUGAGCUCUGCAGUGAAGGCCGUUCCUUUGUCGGUGAUGAGGACUUCUGGGGCACCAUGUCGCAGCAGGAUGUUCUUGACGAAGAAUUUAGCAACUUCGGCCGCAUUACCUUUAAGCAGAGCUUUCGUUUCGGCGUUGCGGGUAAGGUAGUCGGUAGCCACGACGAUCCACUUAUUUCCAGAUGUUGACGUCGGAAUCCAUCCCGAUCUGCUGAAACGGUCGGCAAGGAGGCUCAGUCGGCUGGCCUUGUCGGUGGUGUCUUGCGUCGCUGACAGUCUUGGCAUGUCUUGACGUAAAGGGCGACGUCGGUGGUCAGGCGUGGCCAGUAAUACCUUUCCUGUAUCCCCGAUAGCGUCCGCGACAAUCCGAGGUACCCAGCGGUUGGAUCGUAAUGUAGGGCGUUCAGUACUUCUGGACGCACUGCUGAGAGACCAACAAGAAGGUAGUUGGCGCGGACUUGUGAGAAGUUCUUUACGAGAACGUCGUUUUACAGGGAAAAGGAAGACAAUCCUCGCCUAAAUGUCCCAGGGACAACGUCGGUGUUGUCUUCCAAAUACUCAACGAGGUUUUUUUUUAUUUCCGGGUCUGCUCGUUGUUGUUCAGCGAAGUCUUCCGCACUUAUUGUUCCUAGGAAGGCAUCGUCGUCCUCGUCGUCUUGCGGUGGCAGGUCAAUGGGGACGCGUAAUAGGCAGUCAGCAUUAAAGUGCUUCUCCGUAUUUGUAGGCGACGGUUAUGUCAAAUUCUUGGAUUCUGAGACUUCAUCGUGCGAGACGUCCUCAACGGUCCUUUAAAUUUUUCAGCCAACACAAGGCAUGGUGGUCGCUUACGACUUUAAAGGGCUCGCCAUGAAGGUAAGGGCGGAAUUUCGUGGUAGCCAAAUGAUGGCAAGGCAUUCCUUUUCCGUCGUAGCAUAAUUGGCUUCCGCUUUCGAUAGCUACCGGCUAUCGUAAGCAAUGACCCUUUCAAAUGCGCCUUUCCUUUGGACUAGGACGGCGGCGAGGCCUAGGCUACUUGCGUCGGUGUGGAUUUCGGUUUCGGCGCCUUCGUCGAAGUGGGCGAGCACUGGUGGUGACUGGAGGCGCGUUUUAAGCUAUUGGAAGGUUUCGGAUUGCGGCGCUUGCCACUUGAAAUCGACGUGUGAUUUCGUGAGAGGUUAAUUACUCGGAGAUGCGCGAAAAGUUAUUGACGAAGCGCCUCUAAUAGGCACACACGCCAAGGAAUCUGCACACUCCUUUCUUGUCGGUGGGCUGUGGGAAGUUAGCGAUGGAAGGUGUAUUCUGCGGCUCAGGGCGGACUCCAGAUUUGCUAAUAACGUGGCCCAAGAACAGAAGCUCGUCGUAAGCGAAGCGGCACUUCUCCGGCUUCAUAGUGAGCCCUGAUGACUUGAUGGCCUCUAGUACUGUCCCAAGCCACCUAAGGUGAUCGUCGAAAUUCCCGGCGAAGACGACGACGUCAUCUAAUUAGAUGACAUCGGUCUGCCACUUCAGCCCUGCUAACACCGUGUCCAUCACACGCUGGAACGUUGCAGGUGCCGAACACAGUCCGAAUGGCAUGACCUUGAACUCAUAGAGGCCGUCCUGCGUAAUGAAGGUGGCCUUUUCGCGACCCCUCUCGUCGACUUCUAUUUGCCAGUGGUCAGUCUUGAGAUCCAUCGAGGAGAAGUAUUUAGCGUUGCAGAGCCGAUCCGAUGCGUCGUCUAUCCGUGGGAGGGGGUAUACGUCCUUCUUCGUGAUCUUGUUGAGCCGACGAUAAUCGACGCAGAAACGUAGGGUUCCAUCCUUCUUCUUCACUAACACCACGGGGGACGCCCACGGACUCUUGGACGGCUGGAUGAUGUCGUCGCGUAGCAUUUCGUCGACUUGUUGCCUUAUGGCCUCGCGUUCGCGCGCCGAAACUCGGUACGGGCUCUGACGGAGUGGGCGGACACAUUCGUCGGUUAUAAUGCGGUGCUUGGCGACAGGGGUUUGUCGAACUUUUGACGACGACGAGAAGCAGUCCUUGUAUUGCAGGAGCAGAGCUUUUAGCUGUUGUUUCUUAUGAUUGGGAAGGUUCUGAUUGACGUCGAAAGUUGGUUCAGGUACUACAGUCGUCGUUGAAGGUGCACUGGAAUCCGUGAAGGCGAAAGCACUGCUGGCUUGUACUAUUUCGUCGAUGUAGGCGACCGUGGUGCCUUUGUUAAUGUGCUUAUAUUCGUGGCUGAAGUUCGUGAGCAUCACUCUUGCUUUCCCUUCGCGUAGUUCACCUAUGCCUCUAGCGACGCAAAUUUCACGGUCGAGCAGUAAGUGAUGAUCGCCCUCGAUGACGCCCUCCAUGUCUGCAGACACUUCGGUACCGACGG